UUUUACGUUCAGUCUGGGUGAGGCUUUCGAUCGAGACGGGCGCGAACGACGGACGUUGUCGAGUUUCAGUGGUGGUUUCGGACCGAAAAAAAUCGAGUCGCGAGUCGUGUUUGGGCAAAACAAAAAAAAAACAAAAGGUUCCGGGUGGGGGUUCGUCGCCGCCGUUUUGCGAGUGAGUUGGUUUGCUUGUUGGUCGAUUGCUCGGCUGCUGUUGUGGGUGUAAAACUCGCGCGCUUUCAUGAAGCAGAAGAAAAAAAACACGUUGUUGGUCCGCUGACUUUCAAUCUCAACACUGCCGGGGCAGGUGAAUUUCCAAUGAUUCGAGAUCGAGCAUAGCCGGUUGUGAAGUCGAAGUGAACCAGGAAAGGGAAGAAAACGACCAACGAAAAGUGAUUAAAAUUUGAUGCUUUGUUCAACGAUAGUGAAAUUCGAAUAAGGUCUACCGAAAAAGGUGUCGACAGAUAGAAAAAAAAAUCAUAAAAUAAUCAUAGAAAUAUGAUUGGAUAAUGAUGCGCCACGCAUAGGUUGAAGAAAGAUAGGUGAAAGAAGGGCAUCUAAAUUGAGUGAUUUGGGAGCUGAAAAACAAGUGACCUGAACGCGCGAUUAAGCGAGAAAACCCGUUUGGAGCAUAUCUUGAAUAUUUUUGUUUCUUUUCUGUGUCCGAUGAGUGCUGCGGGAUACGAGCUGCUGUCGGAAGGAUGGGAUAUUUUUCGAAGCGAAAUAUUUUCAUCUACUGCUGCGUGUCGGCUUGUUUGUCACUGAUUACCUACCUGGUGGCUUUUUCCUGCGAGGUCUCGUGGAUACUGGAGGCGCGGGGCAAUCUUCCGGUUCCGUCCUAUCUGCUGUGCGCGGAAUUCUUCAUACUUUUCAUAUCGUCGGCAAUUCUCAUCCAUGGCCUGUCCACGGGUGUAUCAUGGGGUCUUUUAAGUUGGUCCAUCAUCAUAGGAGUUCUUUCAGUUCCCGAGCUAGCACUUGUCAUGUACAUGACCAUCCAGUAUUGGGGCCUGCAAUCAGCUCACGGACUAACGGAAUUAAUAGGUUACUUAGUACGUUUAAUAGUCAACUGCCUGGCCCUCCUCUGCGUUAUUCCAACGGCUCUAAGAUGGCGCCAGGAGAAGAAAGUCCUCAGUCAGCUCGAAUCCCUCGCAUCGCGGCUUCAACUGACCACACCAACUCCAACUACACCAUUCAAUGCUCCAAACGGGACUGCUCCAAAUGGACUGAACUCACUGCGAGCCAGCAAACGGAGUCAGGCCAGCAGAAGACCUUCAACCGGAAUCGACAAUCCAGGCUAUGUCCCACAUGAGAACAAUUCGGUGGAUAUCGUUCAGCAAUAUACGGCAUACAAUAAUAUGUACGGAUCCCAGAGUGAGUUCAAUGCCAGUAUCUUCGGGUUAAAUCCUUCGCAGUACAUUGGACCUCCGCCUCCGGCGAUGGCCGCGGAACACAAGAAAACCCAAUCGUUGCUGGAUUUGAGGUUCAUUUUUCCACCAAAGUUUAUGAGUACUAAUGAGAAGAAGUUGGGCAAAGAGAAAGGACUGGACGAAACGGAUAGUGUGCUAAAUAACAAUUUGAAAAAUAAACUGAACAACAAAUUUACCGAUGGUGACAAGAAGGAUAACAGCAGUGUAAUUGAAAUGAACACCGAUCCAACUUCGGCCACCAAUGACCCGAUCUACUAUACAAUCGAAUCAACGAAACCCAACAAAAUUCUCGGUAGAAAUUGUGUUUCGUUGGAGAAUUUAGGAAACAUAACCCUUUCCGAGUCUCCACUGCCAUACAAAAAGAACGAUUUUGCUCAGUACCGUUACGGGAACAAUCUGCUGAAGAACUACACGCUCAAUCCGUGGAACGUGAUCGCCUAUAAUCCGGCCUACAGUGCCUACCCACCGUCUUACUUUCACUAUCAUCACAUGCAUCCGUACCAGAUUUAUCAAAUGUACCACAACAAUUUCCCCCCGGCAGCUGGUGCGGGUGCUGGUCCUGGCGGAGGAUACUUUGGAAGUCCCCAUCAUCCGCAUCAUCAUCACCAUCACAAUCAUCAUCCAGCGGGAGGGUACGGGUACGGAUACAACACCGGAUAUCUGAACAGCGCUAACAACAGUCGCCAGUCACUGGGCGCUGAGUCGGAUGACUUCCGGAAGUAUCGAGACGUGGCAUUGUAAGAUAUACUCCUUAUUAUAAAUCAUUUGGAAAUUCCAAAGCCCGGCCGGGAACGAAUGUGCAUAAGUUAGAUUUUAAAAGCAAGCGCCUAUUGAAUAAUUGACGACGACGAGACGUUAACCGAAGUUAGGCGAAGUUUAUCGAACGAUCCAGUUUACCACGAGUAUGUCUAUUUAUUAACAAACGUUAUAGUAGUUGUAGCAAUCAGUUAAGUCAAAAGCGACCUUAGUUUUAGGAAGAGCCUUUCAAGAUGAAAGACAAAUGAUCCAUCAAUAAGAAAAAAAAUUAAGCGUUUAUCCAAAUAGACGAAGAUUAUGCUUCUGGUAAUCGAUAGAUGGUACAGUUACCUUCAAAGAAACCUAAGAAUUAAAACAAACAUCUACGACGAUCGAAAGCGAAAUAAAGUUAUUUUAUGAAA